AGGCAGUUGUCUGUGUACAUGGUGCACACUGCGAAGCACAGUGUAGCACGAACAAUGUACAGGUAGAACGCUGUAUAUCUAUCCAGUUUUCGACUUUUGGUGCAUCAAGUCACUGUCAGGAACAAGGUAUCAAUGCUUUAGGACUUUGGGGGCUGGAUGCAUAGGGUUUGCAUUCGCAAAGCCGUACACACUGUCACCUUCUUGAGAGAGAAUACUAUCUUGCGAUUUGGCUGGACUCAACACUUCAGCCACUGCACCAAACCGACACCACGUCCUCACUGGGGCCGGAGCCCUCGUCAUUUAAACCGUGUUGACUUUAACUUUCCCUUUCAGAGAUUUGGUACGUCCUCAAGAUUUCUUAUCCAACUCUCCUGGCCAGGUAGACUCUCCAAGGAGGGGCAAACGAUGGCAGAGCAAAGGUUCUGUGUGGAAUACGCCAAGCGUGGCACGGCCGGCUGCAAAAAGUGCAAGGACAAGAUCAUGAAGGGCCUGGUCCGUAUCGGCAAGAUAGUGCCCAACCCCUUCAGCGAGUCUGCCGGGGAGAUGAAGGAGUGGUACCACGUCAAGUGCAUGUUUGAGAAACUCGAGAGGGCCCGGGCCACCACCAAAAAAAUUGAAGACCUCACAGAGUUGGAAGGCUGGGAAGAACUUGAGGAUGAUGACAAAGAUCUCAUAAAGAAACAUGUGGCAGAGCUUGCUGCCAAAACCAAUGCAAGCCCAAAGAAGAAAGUUCAGGCCAAGUUAAACACGAGUGGACAGCUGUCAGCACCGCCUGCCGACCCAGCCCUUAAUGCGCCCAGAAAGUUCUCUGGCUUCACAGCUGCAAAGGCUGGUACCUCUGCCAGUCCUGGGCCAUCGUCAGCUACCAAACCUAGCCAAAGCAGCGCCCUCUCCGCCCAGCUCUGCGACCCCAACCAUAAGGACUGCCUGCUGAGGGAGUUCCGGAAGUUGUGCGCCUUGGUGGCCGAGACCUCCAGCUACAACUCCAAGACCGCGAUCAUCCAGGACUUCCUGAGGAAAGGCAGCGGUGGAGAUAAAUUCAAAGGAGACUUGUUCCUCACCGUGAAGUUGCUACUACCAGGGGUGGUGAAGAAUGUAUACAACCUGAACGACAAGCAGAUUGCGAAGCUGUUCAGCCGGAUAUUGAACUGCAACCAAGAUGAGAUGGUUCGCGAUCUGGAGCAGGGGGAUGUAUCGGAAACGGUGCGGAUAUUUUUCGAGGACAGCAAGUCCUUCCCACCUGCGACCAAGAGUCUCCUGACCCUACAGGAAGUCGAUGCGUCACUGACCCGUCUGGCUCAGCUCACCAAGGAGGACGACCAGGCCAACGAGCUUCAAAACAUAGCCAAAAAAUGCACAGGAAAUGACCUGAAAUGCUACAUCAGACUUGUGAAGCACGAUUUGAAAAUAAACUCUGGAGCGAAGCACGUGCUGGAUGCGGUGGACCCCAAUGCAUAUGACGCCUUCAAAGCCUCGAGGAACCUGGGUGAUGUGAUCGAGCGUGUGCUGAAGAACCAGCAGGAUGCGUCCAACGGCACGGGCCCCCGUAAGAGCCUGACCGUGGAGGCAACCCUCAUGACUCCAGUGCAACCUAUGCUGGCAGAGGCCUGUAAGUCUGUGGCGAUGGCCAUGAAGAAGUGUCCUAACGGGAUGUACUCCGAGAUCAAGUACGACGGCGAGCGUGUGCAGGUCCACAAAAACGGAGACAACUUCACCUACUUCAGCCGCAGUCUCAAACCAGUGCUUCCACACAAGGUGGCACAUUUCAAGGAGUUCAUCCCUCAGGCGUUUGCUGGAGGUCACAGUAUGAUUUUGGAUGCAGAGGUUCUCCUCAUCGACACCAAUACCAGCAAACCCCUCCCCUUCGGAACACUGGGUGUGCACAAGAAAGCUGCUUUCCAGGAUGCCUGUGUGUGCCUGUUUGUCUUUGACUGCAUUUACUUCAAUGGAGUAAGCCUGAUGGACAAGCCUCUUAAAGAAAGGAGGAAGUUUCUUCAUGACAACAUGGUGGAAGUUCCAAACAGGAUCUUGUUCUCUGAAAUGAAACAUGUCACUAGAGCAGCGGAUCUGGCUGAGAUGAUUACCCGUGUCAUCAGAGAGGGCCUGGAAGGCUUGGUGCUGAAGGACAUCAAGGGUGCGUAUGAGCCAGGGAAGCGCCACUGGUUGAAGGUGAAGAAGGACUACCUGAACGAGGGGGCCAUGGCUGACACUGCUGACCUGGUGGUGCUGGGAGCCUUCUACGGCAAAGGCUCAAACGGGGGAAUAAUGUCCAGCUUCCUGAUGGGCUGUUAUGACCCGGCCUCAAAGAAAUGGUGCACGGUGACCAAGUGCUCCGGGGGCUACGAUGACGCCAUGUUGGCUAGACUUCAAAAGGAGCUGGACGUCAUUAAAAUCAGCAAGGAACCAAGCAAAAUCCCUGGCUGGUUGAAGAUCGUGAAGAACUAUUACCCAGAUUUCCUCAUUCGCAAUCCAGAGGAAGCGCCAGUGUGGGAAAUCACAGGUGCAGAGUUCUCCAAGUCGGAGAUGCACACGGCCGACGGGAUCUCCAUCCGUUUCCCUCGAAUGACUCGUAUCCGUGACGAUAAGGACUGGAAGACUGCCACCAAUCUCCCUCAGCUGAAGGAGCUGUUUCGCAUAUCCAAAGAGCGCACUGACUUUGAGGUGACUGCAGGCCAGUCCAAAGAUGACAAGGAUGACGAGAACUCCUCUGGCGGCGCCAGCGGUGGCAGCUCUCCACCGUCCACAUCCCAGAAAAAGACGCCGACGCCCAGUAAAGCUCGGAACGGUGCUGCUGCGCAAGCCCCACGGCCCAAGCAGGUGAAAUCAGAGCCUCCAUCCACUCCCUCCCCAGCCAAGAGGAAAAUGGCUGCUGAGGAACACAGCAGCAGCAAAAAGGUGAAGACUGAACCUGUUCUCAGCCACAGCAAUGGGCAGAGCAAAGCAAAGAGCAGCACCACCAAGGUGAUGGAAGCGGGGCCUGAGAAGACCCUUUUGGACAUCUUCAGCGGCGUGAAGCUCUUCCUGCCUCAGGGCGUCCCAGACUACGAAAAGCUCCACCGAUACUUUGUGGCCUACGAUGGAGACCUAGUACCGGAUUACGAUGCCGCCACCGCCACACACACGCUGACGGACCCCGAGGAAGACAGCCAGGCCCAGAAGGUAACAGCCAACUGGAUCUGGGAGUGCAUCCGCAAGAGGAGAGUUGUCCCUCCCUGUUGAUGGAAAGAGGCUGGGACCAGUGAAGACCAGAGCUGCAAAAGCUUAUUCUUUUUUUUUAAUGUCAAAUAAAUAAAAGUGCCCUUUAACAACAGUGGUUGCUUCAGCAACUGCUUGCACCAUAUGAACAUUAACUUUUCCACUACAAGCUUGGAUUUUGUGAUCAUGUAAAAAAAAUGUAAGAAAACAAACAUUUGUCAGUAUGUUAAGCUGCCCCAUGUAUAUGGGAUUUUACAUAACAAAAGAAAA